AUGUCGUCCAUGAUCACAACUGCUGCCUGGGUGCCGCGCGGGUUUGCGGCACCUUUUCCAACAAAGUAUGACUUUGACGACGAGGAAUUCGAGCGCAUCGCCGAGCUUGCGAAACUCCAGCUUGACGACGCAAAUGAUGAACUAGAGGAUGCGCAGGAGGAGGAAGCUGCUGGAGCCAAUGCGGCUGGCAGUGGUAUCGAGGGUACCUCGUCCCCAGCAGCCAAGGCAGAGAAGCAGAGCACAGAAGCCAUCAACAUCGACGACGAUGACCUGAAGGAGUACGAUCUCGAGCACUACGAUGACGAUGACGAAGAUCAACCCGAAGGCCAGAAGAUGGACAUGUUUGGCAAUGUCAAGUCCCUAGCUUACUACGAAUCCAACAAGGAAGACCCUUACAUUACGAUACCCGAUGGACAGAACGACGAUGAGGACGAGCGGGAAGAACUUCAGAUUCUGGCCACGGACAACCUUCUCUUGGCUGCCAAGGUUGAAGAUGAGCUGGCACACCUUGAGGUGUACGUUUAUGAAGAUGAGGCAGACAACAUGUAUGUCCACCACGACAUUAUGCUUCCUGCCAUUCCCCUUUGCGUCGAGUGGCUCGACCUGCCCGUCGCCAAAAAGGGCGUUCCCCAGGACUCGACAGCAAACUUUGUCGCAAUCGGUACCAUGGACCCGGAUAUUGAGGUCUGGGAUCUCGACACUGUGGACUGCAUGUACCCCAAUGCUAUUCUUGGCCAAGGCAACAAGGGCCCAGAUGCGGACAAGAAAAAGAAGAAGAAGAAGUCAAAGAAGGCCAAUGAUGAGUUCCACGUCGACGCUGUUCUCUCGUUAGCCGCCAACCGGAAACACCGAAACCUCCUGGCCUCGGCUUCCGCAGAUAAGACAGUGAAGCUCUGGGACUUGAACACUGCAAAGUGCGCCAAAUCGUACAGCUACCACACCGACAAGGUGUGCUCGUUAGCAUGGCACUCGGUCGAGUCCACCGUUCUCCUCAGUGGUAGCUACGACCGCACUGUCGUGGCCGCAGACAUGCGUGCGCCUGAUGCGAAGAUGCCCCGGUGGGGCGUUGAGAGUGACGUUGAGAACGUCCGAUGGGACCCUCAUGACCCGAACUUCUUCUUUGUGUCGACUGAGAACGGCAUCAUUCACUAUCACGAUAUUCGAAACAUUCCCUCGAGUCCUGCGGCCAGUAAGCCAGUCUGGACACUGCAGGCUCACGAUGAGUCGCUUUCAUCGUUUGACAUCAACAACCACAUUCCCGGCUACAUGGUCACUGGAUCGACAGACAAGACUGUCAAGCUCUGGAACAUUCAACCCACUGGCCCUGCCGUGGUCGUCACGCGCAACCUCGAUGUUGGAAAGGUCUUUUCUACGACCUUUGCACCGGAUGCCGAGGUAGCUUUCCGCCUCGCUGUCGCUGGCAGCAAGGGCACUAUGCAUGUCUGGGACACCAGCACCAACUCGGCCGUGCGCAAGGCUUUUGCUCACAAGAUCUCGGGUGAGCCGACCUCGGGUGUAGAGGACAGAUUGGUGGGAGUAGCGGAGGACGACACGGAUUCCGACUCUGAUGAGGGAGACGAUGACGAGGAAGAGGACGGAGAUUCCAUGGAUGAGGACUAG